AUGCAAAAACAAGGAGUAGGCCAAGAUUAAAGCAAGACAGACUACGAAAAAAUAAACAUUUACAUCAAAGAGUUCUUGAAAUUUAACAAGUAUCAAAGUACACUUGAGUGUCUUGAGGCUGAGGAAAGAACUAAGAUUGUUACUUCCAAAAAGAAAAUUAUGAACAUCCAUCCUGAGGAUAGUAAAGGUGUUGAAGAAUUCCCAAGGCUAUAUAGAUUCUUUGAAUCUGAUUCAGUAGUCUCAGGCAGAGAAAAGAGACUUGAGAAGGAUUUGAAGAUUUUGUAAAAUAAGCAUUCUAGCAUUCUCUAAUCGGCAAGAUAAAUAUUUGCGAUUGCAGUUUAAUGCUUAAAUCAUUUACACUCACUUAAGGAUGGAAAUGCUACAACUGAUAAUUUAGGUGAAGCCAUCGAAAACUACAAGAUUUAAUUAGGAAAAUACCAUAAGAUUCUCUUAAGCGAACUCAAACAGGACGACAAGAGUCAGUUAUUCUCAGAAGCUGUUCUGUCAGAGCACAAAAACAAGCUUAUUAAGGCUAAAGAUGAAAAUAAUGUUGAAAAUAUUAUAGAAGUCUUGCUGAGUUUAAGAGUCAAUGCUCUUUAAAUCUCCCCUGAAUUAAGAAGAAACUUAGUCUCUGAGUUAAUCAAGAAUGAUAUGUUUCUCAUCACCUAAAACAAGAAUAAUGCCUUCGUAAUGGAUCUCUUGACCAUUAAUUCACAUGGACUUAAGCAUGCUAUUUGCGCUUUAAUUAGUGUGAUAGCUAGCACCAUAAAAGGUGUUGAUUAUCUUACAUAGAUCGACCUAGCCAUAACUGAGAAAGUUAUAGAAAUCCUCAAAGAACAAGAAGAUGGAUCAGUUACCUAGAGAUUCUGUAUCGCAAUCCUUUAGAAGAUGAGCGUUAAAGAGACUACAAUUGAAAUGUUUGUCAAUAAAGGACUUAUUUAAUGGGUCUUAAGAUUACUUGACAAGAGCAAAUAAACUGAUAUUCAUAUCUUUAGUUUAGAUUUUGCUAGUGCUCUUUUAGCCAACAUCUUACACUCUCAUAGUACUCUUGAAUUCUUAGAAAAAUAGACUGUCAUCACAAAAGAGAUUAUGAAAAGUUUACUCUCUCUGUUAAAGGAGAACAUCCCAACUUCAGUCCUCAUGCAUAUACUCAUUUGUCUAAGUUAUCUUAGUAAGGAGAGAUUCUCACUUAUCAUUGAAGAGUGUCAAUUUGUUGAUAAGAUUUCUGAUUUUGUCGAAUAUUACUCUUAACUCAAUGUUACUGAGAGUGAUAACAGUGAGAUUGACAAGAAAACUGUCCUUGAUCUAUGUGCUCACAUGUUCCAUCCAAAGGAUUAAAGCAAUGAUGUUAGUGGCACCAUGGAAUACAACGAACUCAAGCAAGAAGAAAGAAUUAAAGAAUUUGAAAAUGCUCAAGGCGAUCUAAUCUUUGAGUGCUUUUAGGACGAGGUUAGCUGA